ACGAACUUGUAAUUUACAGUAAAAGUGAAAAUAAACGAAGUAUAAAAAAAAUUAGUGAAACAAAAAGGAUCGAAACAGGUUCUAAUUGUAAACAAAGGACCAGUUACGACAACAACGUGGUUUGUUGUUUGUUUACAUUUUCCAAAGACGAUUCCUCCACCACUUAACCGACUCCAAACUCCUAUUGUGAAGGAAAUGUGUAGAUUUUAGAGACUAAACUGGAUAAAUUUUGAUGAAGAAUGCUGGAACUAAAAACAGAUAUUAUCGACGAAUCUACGUCUAGCACAAUACUUGAUUUACAAGAAACAGAACGAAUCGAAAUCCAAGGAAGCUCAGUAAACUAUUAUGUAAACGAUCACUUGAAUCGCACAUUUGAUUAUAGUCUUGACGGUCAAAACGUGCGAGCGGCCCUCAUUACAACGUUCGAUGAAAACAAAAAAGCAAUCGUAGUUAUUCUCGAUGAUAUUGGGUACAUAUAUUAUGUGAAUGAUCAAAAUAAUGACACGUAUAUUGUGAAUAUCCCGUUUUCUACCAAAAGCGCUUGGGCUUCUCCAAAGGGUAUUUAUUUAGAACGUCUUCAUCUUGAUAGCGAAGACGCACAAGAUGGAUGGCCUCGCAUCUUUUGUUUGAAUGGGCCAUUGGACGAGUUGAGUUUGAUCCGUAUUGAAGGGAAAAAAAAGCUUUCUGCUCAUGAUUCCAUUGUUUACAUUGUCAAUGACAUCGUUGUGACCCAUAAUGAGAAAGAAAAGAGGCUAUCGUUCUGGAGAAGCAGAUUUUCAGAUACAAGUACACACGGUAUUAGUCAAAGGCCUCGAGGAAAGCGGAGAUCUAGUGUCGCCUCAAAAGACAGACUUUCCGAAAUCACUCGGUCAGAAUCUUUGUAUUACUCGGCCACUGAUUCCAUAUUCAACAAGUUUGAGGAAGAGGGAUUUGUAUAUUCUGCUGUCUUUUCUCACAUUGAAUCGUUCCCCAUGAGUUCCGUAACUUCAUUCGAUUCCGUCAUCGUUAAUGGGGUACUUGUUAUCUUCUCUCUUGUCAAAGAACUUCAAAAAGCUUAUAUGAUGAUUUUUCGUCUUGUACAAGGAAAACCACCCUAUUUUCUGGAUUCUUUACAGCUACAUGCUACCAACAUCGCGGCAUUGAAAUCAAAGCAUCUCCAGAAAAUCGUUGUUCUUUCUGCUAAAGGAAAGGUUACUUUGGAAUCUCCCAUGUCGCCUUCACUUACCUUAGAAGGGUCAUUUCGUAAUUUCUCUGUGCACGGUGCUUCCCUUUAUUUGGAGGAUACGCAAGGAAAUAAAAGGUAUUUAUCGGUUGAUCAAAACGUCUCCAACAGUCUUGUUAAAUGGUUGUUUAGAGUACUACGGCAUAUUUUACCUCUCCGUGAGUAUGAAAUCUUUUAUACAGGAUAUUUAUUUUCUCUGUUUACUUAUAAACUUAAUGAUGAUGAAGCAUUUUUUUCAGCAGUUUUAGCAUGCUUUUUCUUCUUUUCUCCUACCCGAGCGCUUCCAAAGAAAACAGAUACACUGGAGGAAGCAGUUUAUCUUUCAUCUCUAAUAAACUUUAAGAAAGAAAUCGAGAUCGCCUUUUUCCUUUCCUCAGAAUUUGAUUAUUCUUCCUUCAAAUCGUUUCUUCCACUUAUUAGUCUAUCUCUACAUUUCAUAGCAGAGGAGCUGAGGUUGGACAUUACUGCAAAACCGAGAAAGGAUUAUUUAGUAUCCUUUUUGUAUCAAUUAAGUCGUCUGACAUGCUGGAAGCGUUUCAAUGAAUAUUAUGAGCUUGAUGCCUCAGAUAUUUGUAAAAUUGAACCGCUAUUAUUAGAAACGCGAAUUCAAGAACCAAAUGAAGUUCCUUCUAUAUAUAAGUGGAUGAUUGAAUGUUUUUAUCUCCAAAAAUUUUUAAGCUCUUACAGUCCUGAAAUUUAUGGUCUACCAUCUUCAUGCUAUGCCCUAUUUCCUCAAAGCUAUGCCAUUUUCCAACUCUUUGAUUGCUUGUUUAAUCAUCAAAUGUCAUUGCAUAACUUUGUUGAAGAGAUGGUGCGUCUAGGCAUAACAAGAAAACGUAUUGAAAGAUAUCCCUCGGGCAUUUCAUCGAUUUUUUACACCAUAUUGGAUAUAUGUGCUUAUGAUUUUCCAGGAUAUUGGGGAAGCGAGGAACUGCAGAUCGUCAAUCGCUUAGAUGUUGAUUGUUUUCUACAUCCUAAAAAGUCAAAUUGGUUUCUCUCUACUCCGACAGAAGAAAAUAAGAAUAUACGAGUUUUAACGAAUUCUGUAACCGACUUUACACUUAAUGAUCUCAAAACUACCCAUGCUAAACAGCCUUAUACUGACAUGAUUUUCCGCGAGGACCGUCGUUUAGCAGAGGUUGAACAGUUGCUAUGUUAUUCCAAGCAAAUCAGCGUUAUGACUGAUCAAUUUGAUAUUGAUCUGAGUUCAGUCACGAUGCAACAAAAAUUAGCUCAGUCAAUUUGUAUUAGGAGUCUAGCAAUACCUAUCGGCACUGGUAUGCUUACGUAUGGUACCAAACACCCUCUUCCAACUGAAAGAAUAAAUCCCCUUCCUUUUAAGUUCACCGUUCAUCUGCAUCCUGGUACUUUGCUAAUUAAUCCCGAUAAAGAUUUCAUAACCCCUUCGUUAACUGAAUGGCCUGAGUUCCAUGCAGGUGUCUCUCAGGGUCUCACAGUCUCCAAACUAUCUACAGAAGUUAAUACUAGUUGGAUAAUGUUUAAUAGACCUGGUACCCUUUCCCCCUAUCAUGCUGGAUUCUUGCUCGGUUUAGGCCUCAAUGGCCAUUUGAAAGAACUUGCUACAUGGCAUUCCUUCAUUUACUUAACUAGCAAGCACGAUGCUACUAGUAUUGGGUUGCUGUUAGGAUUAUCUGUAUCCUACCUCGGUACAAUGGAUGCAAAAGUUACCAAACUGUUAAGUGUGCAUGUAUUGGCACUAUUACCUGUGGGAUCCAGUGAGCUGAAUAUCUCGCCUUUAACACAGACUGCAGGAAUCCUGGGAAUUGGGUUGCUGUUUUACGACUCCUGUCAUAGACGGAUGUCGGAAGUCACCAUGGAGGAAAUAUUAACGCCUGAACAAAAUCAAUAUAAAAACGAAGGUUACAAGCUUGCUGCUGGUUUCGCGUUAGGAUUAAUUAAUAUCGGAAAAGGCUCGAAUCUUCCUGGAAUGGCGGAUUUGAAGCUUGUAUCAAGACUACAGAUGGGGAUAUCCAGUCAAGCUGCCUUUCAAUCUUUGGAAACCGGAUCUCCUGGAGCAAUAAUGGCAUUAGUAUUAAUAUAUUUAAAAACAAAUGAUGUCGAAAUCGCAAGUAAAAUAGAUAUUCCGAAAUCUAGAUAUUUACUUGACUUUUAUCGACCGGAUAUUAUUCUUCUACGAGUUUUGGGGAAAAAUCUUGUUAUGUGGGAUGAAGUUAAAGCAGACUUUGAAUGGGUGAAAAGUCAAAUUCCUGAUAUUAUGAUCUCACAAUUUGAUUUGCGCGAAAAAAAUAUACUAUCUUCAGAUGAUCUACUUUUGUAUAAUGUUAUAAGUGGUAUCUGUUUUUCACUUGGACUUCGUUUUGUCGGCACAGGAAACUUAAAAGCGAAAGAAAUUCUUAUCAACUUUUUGGACAAUUUUAUCCGCCUUUGUCGAUUACCAGCAAAGACUUAUGAUGAAAGAGUCACUUAUGUUACCGUCAUCCGUUGCACACAUGUAGUAGCUCUUUCAGUAGCAUGUGUGAUGGCUGGAUACUGUGAUUUGGAAGUGCUCCAAAGGCUUCGGUUGCUGCACGGGAGAAUUGAACCCGUAAAUUAUGGUGCUCAAAUGGCUACGCAUAUGGCACUUGGUAUUCUAACGUUAGGAGAAGGUCGAUAUUCGUUGUCUCAUAGUAAUUUGGCGAUUGCAGCAUUACUUAUUUCUUUAUAUCCUCAGUUUGCGAAGAAUACACAGGAUAACCAUUUACAUUUGCAAGCUUUAAGGAACCUUUGGGCACUCGCUGUUGAGGAAAGAUGUUUCAUUCCUAGGGAUCAAGAUACGAAGAAGCCAUGCGUUAUUCCAAUGAAAAUAUGUCAUAAGAAUGGUACAGUACAAAAUUUUGAAGCACCAGGCCUUUUACCUUCUCUUGAUAGUAUACACUCCAUUACGACAUUGAGUUCAAAGCAUUGGAAAUUGAAUUUGGAUUUAGAUGCAAAUAGUACUUAUCGUAAACUGUUGCAGCAAUCACAGAUUCUAACAUUGAUGCCUUAUGACGAUACAGACCCUAAAAGCGAAUCUCCAAACUUAUUGAGUCAGAUAGACAAAUCCCCUAAUCCACUUUGGGAUUUGAUUAAAACAAGCAGUUUAUUCCAAGGACCGAAGAGUGCCUUAAGUCAGGCGACUCAGUCAAAAUCACGUACGAAUAGCUCGCUUUCGACAAAAUUGUCGCUUACUAUGUCGUUGAAUAAGCUUUCAAAUGAUCAGCUUACGAGCGUCCAAAUUUUGUUACAAUUUUUUGAAUCUUGCUGGAGUGGUAUCUUGAAGGACAAAUUCCAAAAUUGUCAAUAUUCGUUUCUAUCUCGUGAAUUUGUUGAAGAUCUGAGUCUUCGAGUUUGGGAGCUUAUACAUGCCGUUCCUAAUACAAAUAAUGAAUAAUGACCUUUAUGAAUGAAAAAUACCGGGUUUAAUGAUCCGUUAUUUGGGAUAGCAAUAGUAUUCCAAUUAUAGAAUGAUACUUCAUUAUGUACUUUCCAUAUUAAAUAAAAUGUUGCUAUACUUUUACAAAGCAUA